CGAAUGUUGUUAUUGAACAGCAUAACAAUUCAUAUAGUUAUUACCUAGCUAAUAAUUUAUCGUUCAUUGUUAUUACAGUACAAUUAUGCCGCGUAAGUACUCUUGUUAGGUUUAAAAUGCGAAUCAAACAACGACGUUUCUAAGUAAUAACCGUUGAAACGAUCAUGUCGUCGGACGAUAGUGACAUGUCCUCUUCAGACGCCGAAAGUUUUCUGACCAUAUCCGACAUCGAUAUCCAUGACCCACACAAUUAUUGCCAUAGCGGGCGAAGGCUUAUGGGCCGGGAACGUCAAUCGAAUCACGAAGAAUAUGAACAUCAUGAUCCGUGGAUCGGAUGUCUUGUUUGGGCAAGAAAGACAAAGUAUUGCUGGUGGCCUGGACUUAUCUGGCAUCCGCAAUAUAAAAUGAAAAAGAAACCCAAUAAUAAUUUUAAGUGUGUAAGUUUUUUUGGGAAAGGCAGUGACAGUGAAUAUGCUUGGGUCAACAUAAAAAAUUUAAAACCGUAUUGGGACCAUAAAGCCGAGUAUUCUGAACAAAGAAAAACUAGGAGAUUCGAAGCUGCUUGUGAUGCAAUCGAAACAUACAUAAAAAAUAAAAAAAAUGAAAGAGUAUCUGCACAGCACCUUGCCGAAUCUUCAUUGCUUCAAAUAUUUUCCCGCCUACCGUUCAAAGACUUACUGAAUGCGUCAUCUGUAUGUCAACAUUGGAGACGAGCAUUUUACGAAAGUUCCCUUUCCUAUAUCCAUAUUAGAAUACAACCGGAAAUGAAUGACACAAUAGACGUAGAAAGAUUGGAGUACUUAAGAGAAUUUGUUUUAUUACGAGUCCGAGAUGUUUAUUUAUCAUUCGACACUUGUGAUGAACAAUGUUUCGAAAUGGUGACUGAAUUCAUAAGAAAACUACAAUAUAGUGAACAACUCAAAAACCUUAUCAUAAAUCCACUUCACUGUGAAUUAUUUUAUAAUCUGCCACUAGAAGAUAUGAGCCAUCAAUGGCCAUUAUCGGGACAACUAGAAAACGAUAUAAAAAGAUUACUGCGGCGAGUAAAGAACCUUGAAGGAUUUGAUUAUGGUCACAAAACGUUUCGUCAUUGGCAUAAGCUGAUAUAUUAUUUGUCUCAAAAUAGUCCAAAACUGAAACGUUUAAAAAUUGCCAGUAUUCUUGAACCCGCUGAAUUACCUCAACACAAAGUCAUUAACAUAUUAAAAGACUUCAAAUUAUUAACCAACUUGCAGGUUUUGAGUUUAGAUUACACAACAAAUACACACGAACUACUAAAUGCAUUGCACAACAUGUCUUUGUUGGAGAUUUUGGAACUAUGUGUACACGAUGAUAUUGAUAUAGUACAUGACGUCGUUUUCUGGGAGGAACUAAAGAAAAAUUGUCCAAAACUUCAAUUGAAACUCACAGUCGUAGAGUGCAGUUUAGUGACACAAGAAAUAUACACAAAACUAUUUAAUCCGUCCAUGCCGUUGACACAUUUAAAAGUACUAUUUUGUGAAUUAGGCAGUGUUCAAACUUUGAAUGCACUGCAGAGUUAUAAGGAUACGUUGAGAUCGUUAAUUUGGGUUGAUAGACACGGAUCAACGAAUCCUUACUGCCUCAUAAAUGGCACACUAAAUUUAAACAGUAUCGAAGUAGCAACUGUACCUGAAAAUUGCCAAGAAGCCAAUCAAUUACAUCCUCUUGUCAAAUUGGCGUUAAUUUGCAGAAAGCUUAGUGAAAUUGUUAUUAUGGGAUACUUUUUGGAUCCAUCCGAUGUUUGUUCUAUCGCAAAAUUUAGAGGUCCCGGUUUAAAGCGUUUUAGACUUAUAAAAGGCGAUAUAUGUACCGAUCGACCAUGGAGCAAAAUAACUUUGAACAAUGUCGAAGAAGUUGUAUCGUUAUGGCUUAAGCGAAAAUGGAAAGCAUUGACUAAUGAUGACUUACCAAAACACCACAUGACUUUUGCCAAAAGAUGUUUAUUAGAGCGUUAAAUGUUUAUUUGUAAUGUAUACUAAAUUUCAUUAGUACAAGUCAAAACCAAAUUCUCCUAAUUUGUAGAUCUAAAUAACAAAAGUUUUCUAUUUGUUGUAAUUAAUUAGUAACUGUUCCCUAAUUAAUGACAACUUAAUUUGAUUCAAAAGCAUUCGAGUCAUUUGUUCCUUAUUUAUCAUGUUUUCAACAACAACGAUAUUUAAAACUAUAUAAAACUCUAAAUUUAUAA